AGCAGUAUGGAUCAUGUUUUCUCUAUGGGAAAACUUGCAAAAGGAGCUUUUGAAGAGAUCUCCCUUUAUUCCUCUCAACGUGGUCAAAGUUAUAGAAGACAUGGAAAGGGAAAAGCCCAUUCGGUUUACAGCUCAACAGCUCAAGAGAGCGACUGACAAUUUUAGCUUCAUAUUGGGUUCAGGUGGCUUUGGGACAGUUUACAAAGGAAUAUCCACCAACGGUUUGCCUAUAGCGGUUAAGGUACUUACAGGGACGUCAGACAAAAGCAUCGAGGAACAAUUUAUAGCUGAAGUGAGCACUAUGGGAAGAACACACCACUUAAAUCUCGUUAGGCUUUACGGGUUUUGCUUCGAGUCAAAGUUAAGGGCUCUUGUAUACGAGUUCAUGGUAAAUGGAUCUUUAGAUAGCCACUUGUUUAAAGAGAACAAAGAAGAUAUUCUUGGGUUUGAUAAGCUCCACGAGAUUGCGGUAGGGACUGCUAGGGGAAUCACUUACCUGCAUGAAGAAUGUUCACAAAGAAUAGUCCACUACGAUAUCAAACCAGGAAAUAUCCUGUUGGAUUCCAACUUUUGUGCAAAAGUAGCUGAUUUUGGUUUAGCUAAACUUUGCAAUAGGGAUAACUCUCAUAUAACAAUGACAGCAAGACGGGGUACCCCAGGCUAUGCUGCGCCAGAGCUCUGGAUGCCUUUCCCAGUUACGCAUAAAUGUGAUGUUUAUAGUUUCGGGAUGCUACUUUUUGAAAUCAUUGGUAGGAGAAACAACAUGGAUAUGACUCUUGGUGAUAGCCAACAAUGGUUUCCGGUAUGGGCAUCAGGCAAAUAUGAAAAGAAACAACUGAAAGAUUUGAUGAUAGCUUGUGGGAUUGAAAAUAAGGACGAAGAAAUUGUGGAGAGGAUGCUUAAGGUGGCUCUUUGUUGUGUUCAGUAUAAGCCGGAGACUAGGCCUGUGAUGAGCAUCGUUGUGAAAAUGUUGGAAGGGGCUUUAGAGGUCCCGGAACUUUUAAAUCCUUUUACCCAUCUGUUUUCUGGGGUUAGUCAGGCAUGUGAUUCAUUGGCUCAAUUGGCAUGGAAUGUUGGUGGCUUAGAUUGGUCUUCAUCUGAAGCAGUAUCUAAAUCUACAAUGGUAAUGGAAACACCCGUUCUGAAGAAAUAUGAGAUUACAAUUGCAUCGGUCUAAUCACAUUGAGUGAUAACAAAAUAAGUGGGUGUGUAUUUUUCGCAUUUUUAGUAAAUUUGAUGAAAUAUAGUGUGGGGAUUGCUUGAAGUUGUAAA